AUGACCGUGGAUAAUCCUAACGCUAAAGCUGAUUAUAAAAGAAAGCCUCUGAUUUUAAGUGCUGCUACAAGAGCAAAUGCAGGAAACUGGAGAAAUCCAAAUGACCAUUCAAGAGAAUUAUCGAGAGAUUUGAGCUCACUUAUUGAGUUUGCCCAAAUAGCUGAAAAGGGUAAAUUCCAUAACAUUUUCUUUGUUGAUCAUCUUAAGUGGUUUGAUGUUUAUGGGAAUAGUCAUGAAGCUCCUGCAAAAUAUGGUGUCAAUGCAACGAGAAUUGAUCCUGCUAUAGCUGUCCCUGCAUUAGCUGCUCACACAAAAUCAAUAGGGUUUGCCAUUACCUUAAGUACCGUUAGUGAACAUCCAUAUCAUUUUGCUAGAAGGUUAGCUUCUUUAGACCAUUUGACAAAUGGUAGAGUUGCUUGGAAUAUUGUGGCCUCUUAUAUCCCAAGUAUUGGUAAGAAUUUGUUGAACGGUGAGCCAUUACCAGAACAUGAUGAAAGAUACGUUAAGACUGAGGAGUACCUUGAUGUUGUUUAUAAGUUGUUAUUGAGUUCUUGGAGAGAUGAUGCUUUGGUGUAUGACAGAGAAAAUGGGAUCUUUGCCAACCCUGAUGCAUUAAGAGAAAUCAACCAUGAAGGAAAGUAUUUCAAAGUCAAAGGACCAGCAAUCACAGAACCUUCCCCACAAAGAUUUCCGUUGAUUGCACAAGCUGGUACUUCUAAGAAAGGUGUCAAUUUCGCAGCUGAAAAUGCAGAACUAGUUUUCAUUGGAUUUGAUUCAUUAUAUAAGAUCCCAGAAUUCAAAAAAAUUGCCAAAGAGGUAUUCAAUAGAGAUCCAGAUUCCAUCAAAUUUAUCACUCAUGUUACGCCUUUUGUUGGCAAGACGCACGAAGAAGCUCAAAGAAAAUUUGACAUUUUUGCAGAAACUGAAAUUACUGAAGGUGGGCUAGUUUACUUUGGUGGUGUUUCUGGACAAGAUUUAUCUCAUUUAGACUGGGAUGAUCCAAUUGAGUUUGCAAAUAAUACAAAUGGUGUUAGAUCUACUGUUGAUAACGUUAAAAGAACAUUGAAAACCCAAACAAAAAAAGGCCUUGCAGAACAGUGGACUAUUGCAAACAAAGCACAAUUCUUGGGAUCGGCUGAAGAAGUCGCUGAUCAGAUUGAAGAUCUAGUCACCAAGUAUGAUGUCGAUGGAUUUAAUUUUGGAAGUGCAGUUGUUCCAGAAUCAUUGAAUGAUAUAGUUGAGCUAUUAGUUCCAGAGUUACAAAAAAGAGGUUUGGCUCAAACUGAAUAUCCAGUCCCUGGUGGUACAUUGAGAGAGAACUAUAAUGGUAAAGAAGGAUCUAAGUUCUUACCUGGUGACCACCCAGCGUAUAAUUUAAGAUGGAGAUCAGGUAUCUCUCAAGAACAGUUCGAGAAAGAGCUAAAGAUAUAUGAUACCAUUAGAGAUCAAAGAAGAAAGGCUGCUGAAGGUAGAGAAUAA